CGUCGCGGGCCAGUCAGGGCGUCGAGGCGAGGGUAGGCGAAGUGUGAGGCGCGGGAGGUAAAGUAACAGGGUCCAACCCUCGAUGGAGGUUGGAUGUUUGGCGAGGAAAAGGAGGGGUGUCAGGAGGGUGAGCGCGAAAAGUUGACGGAUUUGGGGGGGUAACCGGCGGGAGAGAGGGGGUUGGCGACUGUCGCAGAGAACUGCGACAUCCCACGUGGCGAUGACGGCGAAUCUGGAGGGGUCAUUCGCCAGUUCUUCCGGGGACAACUGCUGGGCUGCCUGGGGGUGGGUGUCCAGCGGUGCCCGAGUAUUGUGCAAACGGCUGGACCCUCGUCCCCUAGAUCUUGGAGAUGGGUCAGUCUCUCGUCCUCCAGCGCGCCUGUUUGCUUCGACGUGUUCCGCCUCACUGGAGGUCUCAGUCGGGGGGUCUCCCUGGUUCCCUGGUAUAUAAGUUCCGUCCGCCCGUUCCUCCUCAUCAGUCGUUCGUUGCAGUUCCGAGGCACUUAAAGCCCUGCACCGGCGCCGGCAUUCCCUCCCCGCAGUGUGACAUCUCUCCCGCUCCUUGACAGCCAGCACCUCUUGGCGUCCCUUCCCUCUGCACCUCCUCCGCCAGUCCUCCCCUCGGCCGGUCCCUUCGAUCCGCGUCGGUUGGACGUGCGGUCCGCGGAGAUACUGCCGCCCUGGCAGCCGACGCUCCCGGAUGUGUCGGUGGUGGGAAGGUCCCGUGGCCCACCGCCGUUGGUGGCACCGCAUCGUUCGGCGAGCGGGCGACAGCGCCCUUUGUCCCCCCCCGCCGUUCGCUGGCGUCACCGACUGGAGUUGAGGGGGGGGCAGAAGCAGCGGAGAUGGGGGGAGCGGAGUCCACGGGCGAGGACUCGCCUCCUGGGGACCAGGGGCGGCGUCGCUCGGGUGGGCUGCGGAUGCCGCAGAGGGCGCAGCUGGAGCGCCUGCGGGGGAGGGAGCGGCUGGCGGAGACUGCGAUCCCAAUCGCCACGCUUCGUCGGCUCUGGCACGCGCAGAGGGCGAUGGGGUAUGCCGUGGCGAUGCUGACGGACUCACACUCCGUUCUACGGAGCUCAGUGAGCCCGUGCAAGAUGCCUCACGAUCCGCUCCAUCGCUGCGCGAUGGCUGCAGCGGAUCUGGCGGUCGUGUCCACGCGAGUGCAGCCUGCGCCCGCCUCGGGAACCGUGUUGGACCCGCGCCUGCUCGCCGUGAUGCGGACAGUAUCGGCGAGCGUAGACUCGGCUGCAGCUGUAGACAUCGUUGGCGGUGCCGUGUCAGCGCUGAUGCUCCUGGGGGACUAUGUGAGGGCCCUGCUUGAGGAGGCUGGAGCGGACGAAGCCGCAUGAUGGGCUGCCGUCGUGUGUAGGUUCUGGUUGGUGAAGUGCGC